AUGGUCAAUUCGCCGAAAAGACCAUCUGAUGGCACUGAAGAACCAGCAUCGAAUAGACCUAAAUAUAAUCACUCCGUUCCUGAGACAAAACCUGCAUUUAAUCUAUCUCCAGGUAAAACUAGUAAUUUACCGAAUAGUUCCCCAUCACCUACUCGAACAAAGCCAUCUACAGAUUCAUCUGCCCCACGCAAUAACGUAAUGGGUAGAAUGGAGGAUUCAUCACUUCCAAAAAAUACACCACCUACCACUAAUUUGAAAAUGGAAAGUAAUACAGAUACGAAAAAAACAUCAUCAAGCCCUGUUGGUUUAGCCUUACCAAAGAAAGAUGACAAGAAGAAAAACAAAGCUACGGGUAAAGCAGAUUCUAAGGACAGUACUGGCAAAUCUGCUCUCUCAGGGCAAAAUGCUCAGCAACACUCGGAUCCAAAUAAAAUGCAAGAUGUUCUUUUUUCUGCAGGUGUCGACAUCAGAGAGGAAGAAGCUCUUUUAAAUUCAUCUAUUAGCGCCUCUAAAUCUCAAGUACAAAUAAAUAACGUAAGGGUUCCUAAACACUUACCAUUUCUCCACCCCGAACAAGUUUCUACCUAUAUGAGGAAAGUUGGAAAAGAACAGAACUUUAACUUAACCUUUACAAAAAAUCCAGAAAUUCUGAACAUGAUGUCAAGCGCGUGCGAAAACUAUAUGAAAGAUAUUCUAACAAACGCCAUUGUGAUCUCCCGACAUAGAAGAAAGGCUGUGAAGAUAAACUCUGGUAGAAGAAGUGAGGUUUCUAUGGCUCUGAGAGCAGUUGCACUAAUCCAAAAGAAAGAAGAAGAAAGGCGUGUAAAAAAAAGAAUUGCGUUGGGCCUUGAAAAGGAGGAUUAUGAGAAUAAGAUUGACUCGGAAGAAACUUUACACAGAGCGUCAAAUGUCACAGCCGGGCUAAGAGCAGGCAGUAAAAAACAAUAUGGAUGGCUAACUUCGUCAGUGAAUAAACCGACAUCUCUAGGAGCGAAAUCAUCGGGUAAAGUGGCCUCUGAUAUUGCUGCUAGAGGGGAAAGCGGGUUGAAGGUUAGGGAAGCUAGAGAAGAACCUGGAAUUGUGAUGAGGGAUUUACUAUUUGCUCUGGAAAACAGAAAAAAUGGUGUCCAGACUAUCAUCUCUAAAGGUUAUGCUAAAAUCAGGGACUAA